CGGGGGGAUGCUGGCGGCGGGGGAUGCGGAGCCGGCCGCGGAAUAACAUGGGGGGCGGCCACUCCCACAGGGCGCCCGUCUUCGACGAGAAUGAGGACGUUAACUUUGACCACUUUCAAAUAUUGCGGGCUAUUGGGAAAGGGAGUUUUGGAAAGGUGUGCAUUGUACAGAAGAGAGACACCAAGAAAAUGUAUGCCAUGAAGUACAUGAAUAAACAGAAAUGCAUUGAGAGAGAUGAAGUCCGCAAUGUUUUCCGGGAGCUGCAGAUAAUGCAAGGCCUGGAACAUCCCUUCCUAGUCAAUCUGUGGUAUUCCUUUCAGGAUGAAGAGGACAUGUUCAUGGUGGUGGAUCUCUUACUCGGAGGGGACCUGCGCUACCAUCUGCAGCAGAACGUGCACUUCAAUGAAGGAACUGUAAAACUCUACAUUUGUGAGCUGGCCCUUUCCCUGGAUUAUUUGCAGAGAUACCACAUCAUUCACAGGGACAUCAAACCUGACAACAUACUGCUGGAUGAACAUGGACACGUUCAUAUCACUGACUUUAAUGUAGCAACCAUAGUGAAAGGCUCAGAAAAAGCUUCUUCUAUGGCUGGCACAAAACCCUACAUGGCUCCAGAAGUGUUCCAGGCUUUUAUGGAUGGAGGUCCAGGAUACUCGUACCCAGUAGACUGGUGGUCCCUAGGAAUUACAGCAUAUGAAUUGCUGAGGGGCUGGAGGCCCUAUGAAAUCCAUUCAGCCACCCCCAUCGAUGAGAUACUCAACAUGUUCAAGAUUGAAAGAGUUCACUACUCAUCCGCAUGGUGCAAGGGCAUGAUAGCACUACUGAAAAGGCUUCUCAUUAAGGACCCAGAGUGUCGCCUUUCAAGCCUUGCAGACAUCCAGAACUCUCCAUACCUGGCUGAUGUCAACUGGGAUGCUGUUCUAGAGAAAGCUGUUACCCCAGGCUUCAUUCCUAACAAAGGAAGACUGAACUGUGAUCCCACAUUUGAACUUGAAGAAAUGAUUUUAGAGUCCAAGCCUCUCCAUAAAAAGAAAAAGCGACUUGCCAAAAACAAAUCGAAAGAUGGAGCUAAGGAAACCUGCCCACUGAACGUACACCUGCAGCAGUGCUUGGAAACCGUUAGGAAAGAAUUCAUCAUAUUCAACAGAGAGAAGUUAAGAAGACAGCAGGAUCAAAGUGGGCAGACUUCCAGCAUUGACAGCAGAGCAUCUCUCCAGAGCCACGAGAAGCUCCAAGACGGGAGGAACAACAAUUUGCUGGGACAGGGCUGCACCAGGGGCUGCAGCAGCUAGUGAGCCCAGCCUGCUCCCACACAGGCAGGGAGGGGGGAUCCUCCCUGCACCCCUUCCUCUGCAUCCCUGCAUCCAUCCUGGCCCACCCAAAACAGCAGCCCUGGCCAAGGACAAACCCACACAGCACACAGGCUGAGGUUCUCCACCUACAACUCUGCUCUUGACUCUGCCACUGGAAAAAUGACCAUCAGCAGCAAAAUACAGUUUUUUAAGUAAGUGUGACUUUUGUUUUCAAAAUCCUGGAAGAAAACUUGAAGCAAUUCAUUAGGCAGCCUCUCAAAGAUUGCCACAUUCCUGGAUAUUUGCAAGAGACAACUGCAGCCAGCUUUAUCUUGAAGGCUUUAAUAUUACCCCAAUCUCUCUGUUAAUUAAAAUGGUCCAGUUUGAAAUUUUGUGAAACUGCUGGACACAGCUGUCUCUAAGCAUCUGCUGUUGAGUUUAUAACAGAUGUACAUGAUGUAAAUACAUUAAUGUAGUGUCAAAUAGGCCAAACACUGAAUAAUUUCAUUGAAAUACCUGAAACUCAUUGAGAAAGUUGCAGUGUAAGUGUAUUCACAUUGUUCUUUAACAUCCUGUGUUCUGCUUUGUAAUAACAGGUGUGACCCUGGCCAAGUCAAAGUUUUGCUAGUGACUUUACUGGUUGCAGGGCCAGAAACACCUUUUUAUUUGUAACAAUAGGCUGACUGAGCCAGACCUGAAAGGCAGCUUAGUAAGGAGAGCUAAAAACAUUAAGAAUUUGCUCAGAUCCAUAGCUAGGUGUUAUAAAAUGUUAAAAAGUUACAUGUGUCUCUGUUUUCAUUGAUCUAUUCUGGAUGAAACUGUCUUGAAUAGAAAGAAAGCUACUUUAGUCAAAAUAUUGCUGACAUGAAAUCCUUUUAUUUUAAACAGCACCCAAAAUUCCAAACAUUUAUGAUAUUUUACAACUUGUACAUCCACAUUUUGAUAAUAAAUGCAUGUUUAUUCUGUCCCAUUGUGCUUUUGUUUUGAAAGGUUACCACCUGUAAGCAAGUUUCAUUUCAACUUUUUAAAACAAUUAGGUUAGGUUUUUGGAAGUGAGAAAUAUUUUAUUUGAAAUAAUCUAUUUUUACAGCAUCAUUUUCAUCCUUAAAAAAAAAAAAAGUUCUUUGUAAUUGAAUCUAUUGUAAAUUUUGGUUUAUGUUAUAUGUAAUUUUGGUCACAACUUUUCCACAAAUACAGAUUUUUAUCACUCCAUGAAAUGAUACAGUGUUCCAUAUCAUCAACAGCAAACAGUUUACAAAUGUACAAAGGUAAAGAUUUUAUGUCUGUCACAA